CUCUAUGGUAAAGCACGUUAAACAUCCGGGGUCGAAGGAUUGAGAAUGGGGAGCUGACUUGUGUGCGUCCGUCUCCCCGAUCAUGAAACUGCUCGUUCUUCUCACAUUUGGCGUAUACUGCUGUCAGUUUCGAGUAUCAGCUCUCAAAUGUUAUUGUCAUUCAGAAAAGGACCGGCACGAGUGCCCGCCAGACAGGACGUGUACGUUUACUGAGGACAAAGAGUGGAAUACGUGUGUGCAUGGGUUGUCAUGGCAUCCUGAUGAUGGUGGCGAGUGGUUUAGCUGUGCCAACGACUUCAUCACUUUCCACAACCUCUGUCGCGGCGGAUUUCAAAAGAAUGUGCCUACUGUUCUUAGCUGUUGUAAUGACCAAGACUAUUGCAACAAAAACCUGACUCUACCGGCUAUUCCAACGACGUCGGAGCCUCUGUCAUCGCUUGAAGGUACUAGUGGCUCAUCGAGUUUCCCAUCUGACAAUAGUAAUGACAACAAGCGUCUUGUACUCGGAUUGAGCACUGCCAUUCCUCUGGCUGUGAUCUUUAUUGUUUGUCUCGUCGUCGUGAUUGUAUGGCGUGAAAGCAAAGCACGACGACAACAAACCGUCGACCUAGAGGAUAUAUCAACGAUCCCCACUCUUAUAACUCCAAAGGCUUUUUCAUCUGGUACAUUCAAACGAAUCCCUGAUUCACACCAGGAAGUCACGUUCACGUCAGGAAGUGGAUCGGGAUUACCAUUUUUGCAGCACCGGACUGUUGCACGGCAGAUCAUUUUAGGCGAGUGUAUCGGCUCCGGGAGAUACGGCUCUGUCUUUCGAGGCACCUGGCAGGGAGAGGAACUAGCGGUGAAGAUAUUUUUAUCACGAGACGAACAGUCAUGGAACAGAGAGACCGAGAUUUUUAAUACCGUUUUAUUGAGACACGACAACAUCCUGGGAUUUUUUGCGUCUGAUAUGGUCUCGAGCGGAACGAGCACAGAACUGUGGCUCAUCACGCAUUACCAUUCGAACGGUUCCUUGCACGAUUAUCUCCAAAUAAAUGAACUUAACGCCGAGGAAACGUUGAAGUUAGUGUACAGCACUGUGUGCGGCGUAGUGCAUCUUCACACGGAAAUUCGUGGCACGCACGGAAAGCCGAGUAUUGCACACAGAGACGUGAAGAGUAAAAACAUUUUGGUGAAGAAAGACGGCUCGUGUUGUGUUGGUGAUCUGGGACUCGCAGUCAUUCACACUGUUGAUCACGAGGGCCCGUUGGAUGUGCCUGAGCAUAAGGUGGGGACGAAGAGAUAUAUGGCACCCGAGGUGCUGGGUGAGACGGUGGAUACGUCACAGUUCGACUCGUUUAGGAGGAUUGAUGUGUAUGCGUUGGGUUUGGUGUUAUGGGAGGUUGCGAGACGAUGUGUGUCUGACGGUAUUGUUGAGAACUACCAGGUGCCGUAUUAUGAUCUUGUGCCUGCUGAUCCAUCGUUUGAUGAAAUGAAGAAAGUAGUCGUUGAUUCAAAGAUGAGACCCAAGGUGUCAAGCCACUGGCAUAAUAAUGAGGUGUUGAAGGCUUUGGCCAAGCUAAUGACUGAAUGUUGGUUCGAAGACAGUCAGAGUCGUCUCACAAGCUUACGUAUCAAGAAGACUCUCGCAAAGUUGUACGGCACAGAAAUCAAAGCCGAUGCCCCGUAAUAUAUGAAAUUGAUAUCUACAUAUAUCUAAAUACAUAACAGUCGUGUUGAUAUCAAAGGGAAUGUAUAGUAAAUGGCUGGGCUAGGAUACUAAGUAACUGUAUGAUACGUGAGAGUCUGUAUGAUGUAGACGGAUGACUGAUUUUAGUAUUUUGAGUAAAGCGGUAGUGGAACAGUAAGGGAUAUGAGAUCUUAUGAUUUUUCAUGUCUGUUGAUAAUUGAGUAGCUUUUGUAGCUUUCACAGUAGUUCCAUUGUACGUAAUACUACGUUGAGUCACAAUACAAUAAUUUAGUAUUGA